GAAACCUCCGUCUGUGCAGCCACCGGUAAGAGCACUCGAGGACAACAUCUACAGCAUGACGCAGCUACGAUCCCCGCCAUAUCCGCAAGCACAUUCAUAAGCAGCUCUGAGUUCCUGACAUACCGCAGAUCAGACGUUGCUCUCGGACUGCCACAAAGAGCUCUCCAUCGCUUUGACGAAACUACACAAUGCCGCAGCUCCUCAAGCUUGCUUCGGCGCAAGCCCGCACGCUCGAGACCACACAAGAAACCCUUCGCGCCCUCGAAGCCACCACGAAACGCGCCGCUACUUCAGGAGUUGAUGUCAUUCUCUUCCCAGAGGCCUACCUCGGAGGUUACCCACGCACCUGCAACUUCGGAGCCGCUGUCGGCGCACGCCUACCAGAGGGGCGCGAACAGUUCCUAGCAUACUUUCACGAUGCUGUAGACCUCGGAGAUACCCCAGCUGGCGCAGGGCAAGAAUGGGUAGAGAAGAGGCUCGAAUUGCCUCGCGGCAAGAAGUAUAGAGGCGAUGGUGUCCGGGAAGAGCUCGAACGCAUUGCACGCGAGACAGGUGUUUUCGUUGUUACUGGACUUGUCGAGCGUUGCGCUGGCACACUAUACUGUGGAGCUGUCUUCGUAUGCCCGAAACUCGGCGUCCUGGGCAAGAGGCGCAAGGUCAUGCCUACCGGCUCUGAGCGCUUGAUUUGGGGCCAGGGCUCAGCAUCGACAUUGCGAGCUGUCACAACGGAAAUCAAGGGCGUCAAGCUUACAAUUGGGUCGGCUAUCUGCUGGGAGAACUACAUGCCUCUGCUGCGACAAAGUCUGUACAGCCAGAAUGUGAACCUGUGGUUCGCGCCCACGGCAGACGCAAGGGAUACGUGGGAGUCCCUUGUCCGCACGAUCGGCUGCGAAGGACGCUGCUUCGUCGUAAGUGCGAACCAGUGCGUGAAGAGGAAGCACCUUCCAAGCUGGAUCAAGGGCGGAAAGACAACACGGCAAAAUCAGACCGCGCCUGCCCAGCCUGAAGCACCCCAGACAAGCAGUGGACGCAGGAAGAGCACAAUCGUGUUUACAGAAGAGAAGAAUGAGAUUUGCCUCCCUCUGCGCGACGGCAACACCCAGCACGAACAAGUCAACGGCGACUCGGCCAUCGACUCUGGCUCAUCGCCCCUGCGUAACGAGAUCGAACAGCCCCUCAGCCCAAAGCAAACAUCGACCAACCAGGUCGCGCUCUCCUCGCUCUCUGACGAAGACUUUGUCUCGAGAGGAGGAUCGUGCAUAAUCUCGCCGCUGGGUGGAGUCAUCGCUGGACCGGUCUGGGAGAAGGAAGACGAGCUGCUGAUCGUUGAUGUUGACUUUGAAGACUGCGAGAGGGGCAGGUUGGACUUCGAUUCUGCCGGGAGCUACUCAAGAUCUGAUAGCUUCAAGCUCUCUGUCGAGGGAUUGAACUUGAAUCCGCCGCCGCAGUAGGCCAUUGCAAAACACACACUGUUCUUAACAUAUGUGAUAUCGUCCAUGAAUUGUUCGUACGUCGUGGCAUGUCCCUUUUUACCUUGUCCCGCAAGGAAGUCCCCCGCCUCCAGCACAAUCUAGUUCCCAGGAUGCGCCAACGCGCCAGUCAUUGUGGGCAGGCUUGUUGUGUCACCCGCUGGCUUGGUGUCGUUCUCUGCGACUGCGAGCCUGUCUUUGCCUGUUGGGUCGGUCGGCUUGAGGCCGAUAACGUCGGACUUGACGUCGGCCGGACCGCUCUUGUCAUCGCUAGAGAGCGUGUCCUUAACUUUGUCUGCGAUCUUACCUAAAGGGUGGAAGAGGUGGAAGGGAAAUGGAAUGGCGGGAGCCACCGAGAGGGUUGUUCUUCUUUAGCUUGGAGGCCUGCUGUUCUUGGACGCCUGACACCGUGGUGGUCUGUGGGCUAUAUAGGUCUUGAGAAUUACUAAUAAAGGAUACGGUUGGACUUGAGAUGCUUAUG